AUGAAACGUCAGAACACACGGUGUGGCGUGCCCAUCCACCUUCAAGACCACAACUAUUUCAAGAUCAGAAGAACCUCUGCACACCACAGACCCAGCCGCAACUGCUGCAGGGACAUCGAGGUGCGGAAUUCCACCCCGCAGCCCCAGCACUCUGCUAGCACCUCGAGACUUCCACAGAAGAGGAAGCGGAGCUCCAAGCCCUGUCCUUCGGCACCUCCUACUGAAGCCUCAGGGAAGUUGGAUCCCGUCCCCAGGCCUGUGUCUCCCAUCUCACCUGCUGACCUUCCAGCGGUCUCCACUCUGCCACCCAGGCCUCAGCCCUCCACUGCUGAUAACCAGCUUACCUCCACUGCUGUGUGCCCUGACAGUCCUCUGAGAAUACACAACCGCUCAGUAGAGGACUAUCAAAAGAUCUAUUGUGACGUGGUUGAAGAUAUGCUCAGGUAUGUUUGUGUUAAAAAUUUUUGUCACUCUUUCAAUCAGAUCAUUUUCACAUUCAUCAAAUUACUCAAAAAUCUCAGUUGUUCAGUAUCCUUAUUAUUCAAUUUCUGUUUCUUCCACCCCUCACAGAUACAAGAGUGGCCGGCCUCGUCCGUACAGUCUGGAGCUUGGACGUCGGAUCAAGCAGAAGCUCUGGGAGAGCCUGAACCACCCUACGAUUUCGACGUCAGCCAACGAAGACGGACAGGUGCAUGUGGAUGUGUCAUAUGGGGCUGGAGUCUAUCCUCCCCUUUAUGAUGUUGACAUUUCUGGAGAACCAGAACCUGGACGGGCACCAGCAAAGAGAG